UCGUGACUAGUCAUAGUGCAAGAGUCGGGCACGCGCCCACCUCUAAUUAGAAAUAACUAAUUUAAAAAAAAUUUGAGGUAUUUAUUAUUUUUUAUGUUUAUUUGCAAUCUGGGUUUCCCGUUACCAUGAGCUGCUUUGGCUGCGGGCGCAAAUACGGAUUAUUCUGCAAAGAAUAUGGAUGCCCUAACUGCGGCUACUCAUUCUGCUCCAAGUGUCUGAAAAGGCCAAUGCCUGUGCCCCGGCACACUGGAAAGGUCCUGAAUGUGUGUCUCAUUUGCUACGACAGGCUGUCCAAGCUGCAGGCAAGCGCCGAUGCGGAUAAAGUCAUAGACUGCGAUGCACUGCCAGGUGUGUUGGUCACCAAGUGGAACCUGCCGAAUCCCUCGUCGCCGGGACUAAAGACUUCAGAGGGGGCUGACGGGUUCUUUGACGGGACCCUACUUCCUGAGGAACUGCCCGAGGCUUUGGUUCCAAUUAGCAAGACGGCAGCCACUGCGAAUUCCUCAACACCAAGUUCCAAAAACCAUGAAGAUAUUGACGAAAACCUGGAUAGUGCGUUGACUAAGCGAAUGCAGGAUUACAAGAGAGUUGAUGCGACAGACGACGAGAUUCGCACUCGUCUUGCCAAUCUCACCGGCAUGCCGCAUAAAACUAACUACGACAAGAAGGAUUUGCUGCUAUCCACUGACCAAAGAAAUGAUGAGGAGAAAAUGAGGGAUUUGCUCGAACAGUUUGUGGAGGAAACGCAGUUGGACCAAAAUGUUGAUAAACAGAGGGAUGAGUCAAUUUCCGAGAUUGAGCGACGUCUCCGAGCUCUGCGCGACACGCCAGUCGAUUCCGAUGCAGGUCCAUCGACAUCCCAUAGGACCACCACCAUAACGGACAACGAAGAGGACGACGAGACCAUUUUAAAGAACAUAAUGAAGAAAUAUAUGGACGAAUCGAAGUUGUCAACAAUGCCGGCCAACGAAAUGAGUGAAAACCUUGUUGAUGUGCCCAAUACCGGCACCGAAGAAUUGCCCUGGUGUAAUAUUUGCAACGAAGACGCAGAUAUCCGUUGCCAGGGAUGUGGUGGCGAUCUUUUUUGCACCCAAUGCUUUAAGGAGUGCCACGAUGAUGAUGAGGAUUACCGAGCUCACGUUAAGGAGAAAUAUAAAGCCCCGUCAAAUUUCAAGGAGAAUCAUUUCUGAUUCGGUUGUUAUAGUUUACUUGGAUAUACAAGAUUUUGUUUUUAUUAAAAAAUGUUUAAAAAAAUUCAUUGUUUUCCACUGCUGUCUCAUUCAUAUCUAUGAAACCGCUACUGCUGUCCCUUUUUAUUUAGUUAAUUUAUUUAUUACCUCCAGCGGAUUAUGUAUAUUUCUUAUCUUGGCCACUCGCUAUCACACAUUACAUAAAAAGAAUUGAUAAGCAUUUAAAAAAUAGUUGGUGGAUGUGAUACGCGCACAGAGCAACUGUUUUAAACAAGAUUAAGUAAUGGACAAAAAUCAAGUAUUAAGACAGACAGUGGCAGAUUAUUAUUAACUUUAAAUCGUAUGAUUUUCUGACCUGUUUACAUGCAAAAUAUUAUAUUGUCCUAUAUCAAAACCAUUAGAUGAUUGGCGGAAAAGCCAAAAAAUGGAUAAAAAUAUUACUUUUGAAUGCUAAAA